AUGGGGAGAUAUUUCAGUGGAGAUAGAGUGCAUUCUUGCACUGGAAACAGCCUCCUAAGGAUUUUGAAUGUUGCUGCUUUUGCGGUGUCUGGAUAUGCUUCCACAGAAGGUCAGCACUGCAAACCCUUCAAUCCUUUGCUAGGAGAAACCUAUGAAGCAGAUUAUCCAGAGAAGGGAAUCCGGUUCUUCUCUGAGAAGGUUAGCCACCACCCAACACUUAUUGCCUGUCAUUGUGAAGGUAGAGGCUGGAAGUUCUGGGGUGACAGUAAUCUUAAAUCUAAGUUUUGGGGGAGAUCAAUUCAACUUGAUCCGGUUGGAACUCUAACUUUAGAAUUUGAUGAUGGGGAGAUAUUUCAGUGGAGUAAGGUCACAACAAGCAUAUAUAACCUUAUCCUUGGCAAGAUAUACUUUGACCACCAUGGAACAAUGCAUAUACAUGGUAAUCGCCAAUACUCAUGCAAACUCAAAUUCAAGGAGCAAUCUCUUCUUGAACACAACCCCCAUCAGGUUCAUGGAUUUGUUGAAGAUAAUGCGGGCAAAAAAGUAGCUACACUAUUUGGCAAGUGGGACGAGAGCAUGUAUUAUUUAAAUGGAGAGUGGAAUAGCAAGCCAAAAGAAUUGUCUGAUGCAUCCUGGAAAAGCAAUCAGCCUCCCCCGAAUCUCACUCGAUACAACAUGUCCGCUUUUGCAAUUACUCUGAAUGAGUUAACACCAGGAUUGCAGGAGAAGCUCCCACCUACAGAUUCAAGACUUAGACCAGAUCAGCGAUAUCUGGAGAAUGGGGAAUAUGACUUAGACCAGAUCAGUUUUUCUUAACUGUAUCUCAAUUUAUUUACUGAUUGGUAAAGUUUAAUGAUUCGUAGAUUGUUUUAUUUGUGAAGAAACAGUUGAUUAAACAAAAGACCAUGAAGCAUAAAGAUGAAGAUGGGAAGCCCUUAACUCACCUGAAUAAAAGUUCCAGGAAGGUCCCGGUGGUCCCUUAAACAAAGGACCAUGAAGUUCUUGGUCUGAAGGUGCUAAUUGGUUAGUAUUGGUUUGCACUAAGGCAAUGCGACAUUAUGGAGUAGUUAGUGGUUUGUAUAGGCAUUAUGCCCUUGUGGGGUGACCACUUUUGGGUCACAUGUAAAACAUUGUUUUGGUGGCAAUGAAUAGCUCCUUAAAAAAAUAUUUUUUUAUUAAA